AUGGGCGUUCAGCGCCACCGGCUUCGCCGCCUCUCCGCUGUCGUCGCCGUCUUCGUCUUCGCCGUAGCUCUCGGUGAGAGGAGUGCAUCGGUGGUACUCGCCCAGGAAGCGGGAGACACAGGGCUUACGCUCUGGGAAAAAGAGAACCGGGUGCAAGUCUUGGUGGCUCGGAGGAGGCUCGGUGGCCCAGGCUCGUCGCCGCCGAUCUGCAGGGCUCGUUGCGGCCGGUGCCUCCCAUGCCGACCGGUGCACAUGGCGAUCCAGCCGGGCCGGAUCUUUCCGCUUGAGUACUACCCGGAGGCAUGGCGAUGCAAAUGCGGCGGCAAGCUCUUCAUGCCCUGA